CCAAAAAAAAAAGAAAGAAAAAAAUGAGAAGUGCGAAAAAAUUCUCAUCGUCGACAAGAACCACCACCGUUAACCACACUUUUUAUAAUGACCAAAAUACCCCUCCAGCUACAUCAUCCAAACAAGUCCCGAUCGAAACUCCAUCACCGGCGGCGAAAGCCACCUUCAAGACUAACUCCACCCCCGCCGACGCAGCAGCGAGGAUCCAGUUCGGCUACCGCUCUUACAGGAUCCGAAACCUAUACAAGACAAUCGCAUCCGUCAAUCGAGAAGCGAAUCGCGUGCAGAGCAUGAUCCAACGGCAAGAAACGGUCGACGCCAUUAGAACCGAUGAGAAGGAACGUCUUCGGAUGAACGAGACUCUAAUGACUCUGCUCCUAAAACUCGACUCCGUUCCAGGUUUAGAUCCGUCGAUCAGAGAAGCGCGGAGGAAAGUGAGCCGUAAGAUCGUGGGGAUGCAGGAAAUACUCGAUUCAAUCUCGGAGACAAACGACGAGAUCCAAUGGUGGAAUUACAACGAUCUCGGAGGAGUCGACGCCGGGCAAGGCGGCGGCACGUGGCCUUUGUAUUGGGAAGAAGCGGUGGAGGAGGAGAUGUGUAGAGAGAAAGGCGGUGAGGAAAUGGAGAGGUUCUGUGCUCAGUACUUGGGUUUCAGAUGUUUCCAGAGAUUUCUCCGAGAAUGAACUACGGCGGUAAAAGAAACUAAUCGCGUGUGUCGCGGUCUACGAUUAGAUUCUCUAUUUUACUCCGUUUUUGUAUGUAUGUAAACUGGAAUACGUGCCGUCUUUACUACAUUCAUGGAAACGUCGCGUAGUUUUUAUAUAGUUAUUGUCAUGGAUAAUAUACGAAUUACACAAUUACGGUC